AUGGCCACCCCUCGCCUCCUCACCAGGGCAGCCACGCGCAUCUCGACGCGCGCGGGCCCCUCGCGCAUCCUGUCGCGUCACGAGUCAACGUCUGCCGCCCCCGCCCCCGCCGCCUUUGAGCCUGCGCUCCCCGCCGGCGCCGAGCCAGCGUACGAUGCCGCGCUCGCAUACAUUGCCGAGGAGAACAAGCUGCAGCGCGAGCGCCUGGCCAAGCUCCAGGCCAAGGCGGGCGCCAAGCCCACGCCGGAGCAGGUGCGGAGGAUAGCGCGUCUCGAGGUGGACGCGUACGUCAACGACCCGGCGAUCAGGCGGACAUUCAAGACGACGGGCGGCAAGGGCCUGUUCGCGCAGCCCGUCUUCCGUAACCUCGCCGAGCGCAAGUGGAAGAAGGAGGGAGAGCUUGACCUCAUCAUGCAGCGCGUGUACCAGCUCGGCGUGAUCCCCGACCUGCUGGCCGACCACCUGCCGGCCGCUGCCAUCCGCAUUGCGGGCAUCGAGGCCGGCUCGAUCCAGUCGUCCGAGCAGUUUGCGACCCCGCCAGAGGUCACCGUCCAGCUCUUCAACCACCCCGUCGCUGGCGUGACUGGCUCGGCGACCCCCGAGGCCAAGUACACCCUGCUUGUUAUCGACGCCGACGCACCAAGCCACGAGACGCACUCGUUCGUCGAACGCCUGCACUUUGCCAAGACCGACAUUCCUCUGUCGGUCGUCUCGGACGAGGUCAACCUCUUCACUGCUGCCGGUAAGGAGGUGCUGGCGUACGAGCCUUUCGCGCCCGCUCGCGGAACCGGCAAGCACCGCUACGCGUUCAUUGUCAUCAAGCAGGGUGACGCCGCGCCCUCGGCCGAGAUCAAGCGUGACGGCUUCAACAUCCGCACCUUCUUCGCUGCCAACGGCCUGGCGACCUCGGACGUCAUCGCCGCCACGCUCAUCCGCUCCCAGUGGACCGAGGAGGCCGCCGACCACAUCGGGAAGACGUACCAGGAGUUCCGCGGCCAGUCGGCGCCAGAGUACGGCAAGCCCCCCAAGGAGGCCAAGUACGGCAUGCCCCUCAACGCGAGGCAGCAGCGCGCUGCCGAGGUCAGGCAGGAGGCGUACGAGGGCGUCAUUGCUGAGAUGCAGGCGCUGGUCGGUGGCCAGCUUGGCGAGGCCCAGGCCAAGCCCCAGGAGGCGUAG